AUGGAGGGGCGGGGGCUGGGGCGAGGCUCUGGCUGCCAGUGGGCUCUGGCCCUCCUGGCUGCCAGAGCGGGACCCCCGGCCCUCCCGCAGGAGGUGCGAGUCCUGGGGCAGCGGUUCCGCAACCCGGUGGGGCUGGCGGCUGGCUUCGACAAGCACGGCGAGGCUGUGGAUGGGCUGUACAAGAUGGGGUUCGGCUUUGUGGAAGUAGGGACUGUCACACCCCAACCCCAGGAGGGGAACCCCAGACCUAGGGUCUUCCGGCUGGUGGAGGACGAGGCAGUCAUUAACAGGUAUGGAUUCAACAGCCAUGGCCACGUUGCAGUGGAACGCAGGCUGCGGGCCCGCCAGGAGACACAGCUCAGGCUCACUGGUGAGGGGAUGCCCCUUGGAGUCAACCUGGGCAAGAACAAGAGCUCUACCGAUGCUGCAGCUGACUAUGUGGCUGGAGUCCGGACGCUGGGCCCUUUGGCUGACUACCUGGUUGUGAAUGUGUCGAGCCCGAACACCCCAGGGCUGCGGGACCUGCAGGGCAAGGCUGAGCUACGGGACCUGCUGACCAAGGUGCUGGUGGAGAGGGACGCGCUGCCCUGCGAGCGCAAGCCAGCCGUGCUGGUGAAGAUCGCCCCCGACCUCACCGCGCAGGACAAGCAGGACAUUGCUAGCGUUGUCUGUGAGCUAGGUGUGGACGGGCUGAUUGUCAGCAACACCACCGUGAGCCGCCCCGGCAGCCUCCGGAGCGGGCAGCGCACAGAGCCGGGCGGCCUCAGCGGGAAGCCCCUGCGGGAGCUCUCCACACAGACCAUCAGGGAGAUGUACUCCCUCACCCAAGGCCGGGUGCCCAUCAUCGGGGUGGGGGGGGUGAGCAGCGGGAGCGAUGCCCUGGAGAAGAUCCGUGCCGGAGCCUCGCUCGUGCAGAUGUACACGGCGCUCGUGUACCACGGGCCACUGGUGGUGGGGUCGGUGAAGCGGGAGCUAGAGGAGCUGCUGAGGGAGCAGGGCUUCAGGAGCAUCAUGGAGGCAGUCGGAGCAGAUCACCGGUGCUGACACACUGCAGAACCAAGGUCUAGCUGGGAGGAGCCGUGGCCAAGCAGGGACAGGUUUGACGCUUGCAGUGCUGAACCGGCUGGGACCGAGCCAAGGUUCUGGUGCCAGCCCCUGAGAAUGGUCAGUGAUGGGUGAAGCUGGGGCCACGUUGGUGGUGAGCAGGGAAGGGGCCUCCACACUGCUGCUGCUGUCCAGGGCUGUGUUUUGGCUUUUCUCUGGGUUGGGCUCCCCAGCAGAAACCAGUGCUGGACGGUGAGAAAGGCCCCUGAGGGGCCAGCCCUGUGCCCCGGCUCCUGCUGGAGCGCUUCCCCAUGGGGGGCACACCUUCCCUGGUGUUGCUGCCCAGAGCCCUGGGCCAAGUGAGCAGUGUGUUGGGUGUCCCUUCUGCCUGGGACCCUGCAGCCCACGCUGCCUGCUCUGCCCCGCAGCCCCCACAGGAGGAUCUGUUCCUCCUCCCUCCCUCCCUCCUCCACACGCUGUCCUGUAACAAACCUGCUGGUCCUGGGUCCUGCCUGAGUGUCAAUAAAUGCUUGGCUUACCUGG